CCCGACUCGCCGCAGGGCGGAGUCUCGUGCUGCCCGAGCGGGUCCGCUGUGGACAUGGCCGCUCGCUGCACCGAGACGGUGCUGGCCGCUCUGGGGCUGCUCAGUGUCUGUGCGGCCCCCAGCUCCGGGUCCGGGGCUUCGGCAAAGGAGGGUGGGGAAGCCGAGUGGGCGGAGCCGUGGGACGGCGCGGUUUUCCGACCGCCAGCUGCGCUAGGCGCCGUGGGGGUGGCGCGCGGGCCGGAGUCCCCGCCGCCGGGGAGCGCGGAGACGGCGGGCCUGCCGGUGCUGCUGUGGUGGAACACGGGCCUGUUUCCACACUUCCCGGGCGACUCGGAGCGCAUAGAGUGUGCGCUCGGCGCCUGCGUGGCGUCCAGGGACCGACGGGCGCGCGCCGACCCGCGGACGCGCGCACUGCUCUUCUACGGCACGGACUUCCGUGCGGCCGAGGCGCCCCUGCCGCGCCUGGCUCACCAGAGCUGGGCGCUCCUGCAUGAGGAAUCGCCUCUCAACAACUUCCUGCUGAGCCACGGCCCUGGCAUUCGCCUCUUCAACCUCACGGCCACCUUCAGCCGCCACUCGGACUACCCACUGCCGCUGCAAUGGUUGCCCGGGGCCACCUAUUUGCUCCAGCCUGCGCCUCCGCUCCGGGAACGCGCCGAGUGGCGUCGCCGCGGGUACGCGCCGCUGCUCUACUUGCAGUCCCACUGCGAUGUGCCCGCGGACCGGGACCGCUACGUCCGAGAGCUCAUGCGCUACAUCCCGGUGGAUUCCUACGGCAAGUGCCUUCAGAACCGCGAGCUGCCCACCGUGCGGUUACAGGACACAGCCACGGCCACCACCGAGGAUCCAGAACUCUUGGCCUUUUUGUCCCGCUAUAAGUUCCACCUGGCCCUGGAAAAUGCCAUUUGCCAUGAUUACAUGACAGAGAAACUGUGGCGCCCCAUGCAUCUGGGUGCUGUGCCUGUGUAUCGUGGCUCACCCUCUGUGAGGGACUGGAUGCCCAAUAACCACUCCAUCAUCCUGAUUGAUGACUUCGAGUCCCCUCAAAAGCUGGCAGAAUUUAUUGACUUCCUGGACAAGAAUGAUGAAGAGUAUAUGAAAUACUUGGCGUACAAGCAACCAGGGGGCAUCACCAACCAGUUUCUUCUGGAUAGCCUGGAGCACAGGGAGUGGGGAGUGAACGAUCCUAUGUUACCUAACUACCUCAAUGGCUUUGAGUGUUUCGUCUGUGACCACGAGCUGGCUCGGCUGGAAGCCGAGAAGGCACAUGCAUCCUCUCCUGGGGACAUCCCUGUGCCCGAGCCCCACAUUGCCCAGCCCUCGCACAUGGACUGUCCAAUGCCUACCCCUGGCUUUGGCAAAGUCGAAGAGAUUCCUGAGAAUGACAGCUGGAAGGAAAUGUGGCUACAAGAUUAUUGGCAAGGCCUCUAUCAGGGGGAAGCUCUCACGGCUAUGAUCCACAACAAUGAAACAGAGCAGAGGAAAUUCUGGGAUUAUGUACAUCAGAUCUUCAUGAAAAGGAGUAGAAGUCUCUAACUGCCCUUGCUUGGAAGACUACGGAGACUUCUUUACCAUGGCACCUAAGGCAUGUCCACUGUGAUAACAAACUGAAUAUCUUCUACCUUGAUGUAGUCACUGAUUCUCCUGCCCUGUACUGGGGAUAGAACCUGAGGUUUCGAGAAUGCUAGACAAGUACCUCUAGCCCUCUUCUUAAGGAAGGGCAGAAGCCAGAGCCCCCAUUUGACUCAUGCAUGCUUCUCCUGUCUGUAGCCAUUUCAUCGUUUCAAAUGUGGACAGACAGGGUGGGCCAGGCCAUGACCUGACAGGUCUUUACUUGGUACCUCUCAGUUGUCUGUUCUCAGCUUGCUUUCUUAUCAGCUGUUAACACUGGUGGACAUAAAACCGGGGGUUGGGGUUAUUCCUUUUUUUUUUCAAUCUCCCCGGCCCCCCCCCAUACACAUUUUGAGAUAAUCUUACUACAUGGCCCAAGCUAGCUGCCAGCUCCUGGGCCUAAGUGAAAUUCCUGCCUCAACCUCUAAGUAGCUGGGGCUACAGGUAUACAACACUAUGUCCAGCUCAAGUUACUUUAAGAAGUAUUUGCACUGCCUGAAUUUUUUAUUUGAAGUGGCUCUUUCUUUCUGGCUUUAGGCUGUUUCCCACAAACACUGGGAAGAUCAGCAAACGUUUCCAUCAUUCUUACUGCUUGGUUUUCUCGUUUAGGGUAUAUUUGGAAUUCCUCCUCUCAUGAAUAGAUUAAGUAGUUAAUAUGACACUGAUGUCCGUUCAGUACAUUGCCCUGUUACAGGACUGGAAAGAUCCAUUCAAUCCACUGCUCCCAUUCUUCCAGAUUACCUUAUGGUGCUGUGUCUCUGUGUUCUAUGGUUCUGUGGUUCUAGGAAAGCAAGCACUCAGCUGAGUUAUAGCUAUAACCCUAGUACUGAGAUUUCUUUCUUUUUGUUUUUUUAUUUUUGUUUGUUUUUUUUCUUUUUAUAAAGCCAGCCUGAGGCCUUCAAUUCCAAGAGAUUGAAGAAGGCAAGGGAUUUAAGCUAGCAUCAGUGACUAACUAAAUAAAAACUUCAAGUUCGGAGCUGGAGAGAUGGCUCCACUGUUAAAGAGCACUGGCUGCUCUUCCAGAGGACCCAGGUUUGAUUCCCAGCACCCACACAGCAGCUCACAGCUGUCUGUCACUCCAGUUCCAGGGGGAUUCAAUCCUUCUUCCUGCCUCUGUGGGUAUCAGGUACAGAUAUUCUGCUCAGACACACAUGCAGACAAAAUGCUCAUAUGUGUCCACAACAAAAAACUUUAGAUUUGGAGAUGCAGACCAAAUGUCUAUUGCUGUAGCCUGAGCAGGAGACAGGCAUUUUCUGGGGUAGCAAGAAAGAAUGCUUUGGACCUUAGAGCUAUGUUUAUUGGGUUAGUGCAUUAUUGCUAAAGAAGUCUCAUGGCUUAUCAGUAGAUCUGAUUGUAAACUACAUAUAUCUGAAUCCAUAUCUAUACAGAUAGAUACAUACCAGUUAGAUGCUUCAGCAACCAGGCUUUCAUGGUUAAAACAGUGACAUUUGAGGAUGUGACCAACAAAAGUUUUAACAUAGGUUGGAAUUACAUUUCUGGCAGUUUUCUGUGUGUGUGUGUGUGUGUGUGUGUGUGUGUGUGUGUGUGUGUGUGUGUGUUGCUGAGAUGGAUCCCAAGGCCCUGUGCAUGCUAAGCAUGUACUCUGGCUGUCUCUGAGUCAUAUUCCCAGACCUUUAUUGUAUUUAGUUAAAAAUGCCUUUAUAGUAGCAUGAAAAUUAUGUGACCUAUUUGGUCUCUUACAGAGAAAAAGAGGGAGAGAUGUUUUAAAAUGUACAUCAGAGAUAGGUGGCUCUGUGAGUGCUAGACAAGCCUGGCUACAAUAGCAAGAUUUUGUCUCAAAGGAGGGGAAAAACUGUAGAAUAAUUGUAGUGUAGAUGGUGAGCAUGGUUGUAUACACUUGUAGCUUCAGCAUUCCAGUACUCUGGGAGGCAGAAGCAUGUGGAUGUCUGUGUUCCAGGACAGCCAGAGUUAUAGAGAGAGACCUUGUCUCCAUAGAUAGAUGACAGACACUGAUUCCUAUAGCAAAAUAUCUAUUAUACAAGUGCAAGUCUGGAUUAGAACUCAGAUGCCCUGUGUGCAACAAGGAAGGUAAGUGCAGCUCACAGAGCCCCUGUAGCACUUUUCCGCACAAGCGAGCCAACUGCUCAUAAAUGGUGGCUGCUGGCAACAGGCUUGCCUUGGUUCAGUGCUUCCCAGACUCUCCUUUACCGCUGUCAUAAUCAAGCAAUCAGAAAGACCAGGGUAUGUCAGGUGCUACAUUUCCCAAAGGGAAAGAACUAUGAGGAACCACAUAGUACUUCCCAAUGAAAAAGCUUUACUUUCUAUGGAGAAAACAAGGAAAUCUUUUUCCAGUUUGGGGCUCACUAUGUUAUAUACAACACCAAGUAUUUGCUGCAGGUGGGUACUAGAGGUGGAAGUUUCUGAUAGGAGACUUUUAUUUGCUACAAGAAUAUGGGUUAAGGCUGAUGGCAAGUGUUACUAUUUUUUUUAUCAUCUCAGGUUUCAUCUUAUAUAAUAAACUGUUUUUACAUAG